CCGCCGGAGCCGCGAGCCGCCGGGGCGCCGGGCGCGCCCGCAGCGCGGGAGGAUGGGCUGUGGCGGGAGCCGGGCGGAUGCCAUCGAGCCCCGCUACUACGAGAGCUGGACCCGGGAGACCGAGUCCACCUGGCUCACCUACACCGACUCGGACGCGCCGCCCAGCGCCGCUGCCGCGGACAGCGGCCCCGAGGCGGGCGGCCUGCAGGCGGGUGUGCUGGAAGAUGGACUGUCCUCCAAUGGUAUACCCCGAUCUGCAGCCCAAGGUGGAAUAUCCAACCCAGAGAAGAAGAUGAGCUGUGGGACCCAGUGCCCGAAUCCCCAGAGUCUCACCUCAGGCCCUCUGACCCAGAAACAGAAUGGCCUUCGGACCAUGGAGGCUAAAAGAGAUGCUAAGCGAAUGUCUGCAAAAGAAGUUACCAUUAACGUGACAGAAAGUAUCCGACAGGUGGACAGAAAUCGAAGGAUGGCGAAGAACUGUGUUAACUAGCAGAGUGUGCUACUAGAAGGGCAGAUGGACUCCUUUGGUGCCCUCCACAUCCUGGACCCCAUGAAAGAGUCUUGAAGAAGAGUGUGACCCUCGCAGAAGAUGAAUAAUGCUGCUGCCUUGAGAGACUGCCUUCCCCAGCAGGCCAGUGGCUGCCUGGGCUUUGGGGACAUUCUCAGCCUCCAAUUACCACGUAAACAUUUUGGCGCAGUACUUGUGUAUGGUAAUAAGCUGCAAAUGUGCAAUUAGUUUGCCUCUUUGCAACUCCUGCACUGUGGUCUGAUGUGAAAGCAGUGAGCAAAAGCCACAGGUGGGUCUAUGAAACAGAAGUAGGAGUACAUUCCCUGGGGGAAAGAUGCUCACAUGGAUUCUAGGCUCCCCUGGCCAUGGUAGCGUGCGCUUUUCCAGUCAGCUUGUUCUUUCGUUCUCUCUUGCUGAAUACCACCAUCAGAAAGCUUACCGUGUUCACCUAAAAGUUGUCUUUUACCCAACGGUAAAUCCAGAUAAAGGAGAAAUUGAGAAACAGGAAAAUUUCCUGCUAUACAUGUUUCCUUAGCUCAGUACGAGAUUCAGAUCCAGUUUCACACAAACUCACUCCAUCAACACCCACAGCAUGUGUUGGGAGGUCUCCGUGAGGCAGUCACACCCAUUUCUCAACUGCCUUCCAUGCACCCCAUCCUGGUGUCCAUGUCAGCCUCCACACCGCAAUGUCACGGUCACUGUGGUCUAUGCAUCCAACCUAGGAUGCUUCCCGGGGCUCAGCCAGACACCACAUUUUCAGAGCUUCCCAGCUCUCCUUGCCUGCACUCUUGAGUGUUUGUUUUCUCCAGUUGGGUCAUUUGCGUGGACACAGCUCACCAGAGGGAGAUAACCUAGCACACGUACCAGCAGCACAUACGGCUUCCCCGUGGCGUCUUGUCCUCGGCGCCAGGACUAUGUCAUGUGCUACCCGUGAAGGAGUCACUUUAGAAAGCCCGUACCUGGUUGGUGUGCAUCGUUAACCUUGUGUUAACAUUGACGUUAGACUGAUGCACACUGGGUCAGAAAUCAGAGGCAGUGAAAAAUGUCUUGAUAGAUUAAAAUCAUCUAACAUUUCUUUAAACACGUUAAAGGGGAAGUAUCUUCCUCCAAAGUAACGUAGCAUGAUUUUUAAAAGACUGUUAACACACCUGGAUUGGGAAAGGUAGGACUAAAGUUGUACCAAACAAUACCAAUAAACUCCAUAGUUAGCAGAAAUAGGCAGACUGGUGGUGUGUGUUUACAUAAUGUGGCCUAGAGAAUUGACAUGUGUUGGUUAAAAUUUAGAAACUUGGCCUCGUUACCUGCCAAUUUUGUUAUUACUGAAACACAGACAAGUACUGCUUCUGCUUCCUCCCUCCCUCCCUCCCUUCGGUACAGUGUGUAUUUAUCCAUUAAACACUAAGUACCAACCCUGCACCGGGCACCUUGCAGAUGCUAAGAGAUUUGGAGUCUGGCCAGUCAUCCUGAAUGUAACAGCGGAUUUAAUAACUAGGGGAUGAACCUUGACCCUAAGGUGUAGGGUGUGUGUAGUGAACUGCUCUGCAGCAGAACUCACUUUGACAUUCAGAAUAGGUUUCUCUCUUACACUCUGGAUCUGGGUGUUCUCCUAAUCACGGCCCAAGCCUUUACCCUACACAAAACUAGUUUUCCCAAACUUCUAUCAUUUUGUGGUACUUUGAGAAAGGGCUUUUAGGGAACUUCAUGUUCUGAAAAUUAAAAAGUAAUAAGAAAAUAAAAGCCAAACCUGUGACUCCCAUGGCCCCCCGGCAUUACUCAGCUGAGCCUUCCGCUGCCAAAGGUUGGCAAUGAUCCUGCAAGCUCAAGGGCUCAUUCUCCCAGGGCACAUGUGUCGUGUUUCUGUGUGGGGUGUUCCUUCCCCCUUCACGUUCUGUCAGUUAUGGACGACACCAGUUUCUCUUUACAUCCUUGUCUUUUCGCAUCACUUCACUGCUGCAAGUUGUUUGGGAUUUAUUAACUUGAAAGGGCGUCUCUGUUUUAUAUAGAAACCAGGUCUCCCUCCUGGGGGAGAAGGGAAUAAAGGACAUAUAUGAUCUGCCCCUCCCUGGAACAAUUUGGAUUUCACAAAGACAGUGAUCAGAAAUUAAACCAUGUUACUGGAAACUCAUCUGGCAAUUUUUUCCUGUGUGUAUGAUACAAGAACUGAUUCUUACUAUCCUAUUAACACUUUCUAUUGCAAAGUUUGUGUCAAUAAAGUCAUCAAUU